AUGCUGCCGUGCACCGGGACCAUGCAGAGCUCCAGGCUGCUGAGCGGGGCGCUUCUCUGCGCGCUGCUGCUGCUCUCCAGCGCAGCUGGAGCCGAAAUGUUGGACAGCGAGUCCGAGGAGGAGCUGAGCCCCAGAGCCCUGCGGGACUUCUACCCAAAAGGUCCGAACCUGACCAGCGAAAAGCAGCUGCUUGGAGCUCUCCAAGAAGUUCUCGAAAAGCUGCAGGCUAAACGACUGCCUUUAUGGGAAAAGAAAUUUGGCCAAGUCCCAACGUGUGACGUCGGGGAGCAGUGCGCUGUGAGAAAAGGCGCUCGCAUCGGAAAGAUGUGCGACUGUCCCCGGGGAGCUUUCUGCAACUUCUUCCUGCUGAAGUGCUUAUGAGUCUCUCCGGAUCUGAAUGUAGCAUUGAGAUGUGGAUAAAACAAACAAAACUCUCACUCGAUUCCUUUGUAAUUACUGUCAUAUUUUUUAUGAUACAGCUGAGGAUUAGGUGGGGUGACUGCAACCCGCACGAAAAAGAACUAUAGUAGUUCUAUGAUG